CUUUGAACUCGGAAAUCCCCAACAUACGAAUUUCAUGGCAACUGGGAACUCGGAAAAAAAACAAGUUACGACUGGGAAAAGUAGUUUUUUAACAGUCAUCCAACUCGGAAAGUCUGGUUAUCCUUGAGCUCCAACUUUCCUACCUAAAGAUCACCGAAGUCAGGAUAUUACCUCGUUUUUUUCCGCGAACUCAGUAGUCUUGAACGCACCAUAACUAUUAUCGGAAAGUCGGUGAUUGUGAGUGUGCACUCUGGUGUCUUGAGUUUUUGUGUUUUCUUAAUUUAAGUCCGUUUGUGUUUUAACCUUACGCAGUAACGUGUUGAAAUAUAAUUUCGCAGUUAGUGCCAUAGUUGUUAAUUAACCUACACAAUUUGAAACGGCUUGAAAUCUGUUUGAAUCUACCUGGAAUAGGCGGACGGACCACCGAGAUGGAUUUCAGCUAAUGUUAGCUUAGCCUAAAGCAGCUAACUAACCGGGCUAAUUUAUUUAGCCACUUCAACCUGGACUAUAACGUUGUCGUGAACACUAUUUGUUUUUAGCGGACUUAUUUUCAAACUCGCUGUCCUUUUUUUUUUUUUGUUGUUGUUGAGGAUCCAACUUCACUUUCGGAGGCCAACUACCUACCUGUAACCCAGGAAGGAGAGACCGACAGAGAGAGAAGGAAAGUGCUGUCAUUGUCUGGUUGAGCUGACCCAAUAUGUUGUCCAACACCGGGACCCAGCCUCUGUUCCCCCCGACCCAGGGCCCAGCUAACCCGGCGGGCCAACCUAACCCGCCCCCUUCGGGUCACCUCUCACAGUUUCAUGUGAAACCGACCCUACAGAUCAAGAAGAACGCAAUAACGGACGAGUACAAAGUGACCAGUCAGGUACUGGGACACGGCAUCAACGGAAGGGUGCUGGAGAUCUUCCACAAGAAAAGCGGAGACAAAUACGCCCUCAAGAUGCUGCAGGACUGUGCGAAGGCUCGGAGGGAGGUGGAUCUUCACUGUAGGGCAUCGCCCUGUUCCACCAUCGUACGCAUCGUGGACGUCUUUGAAAACCUCUACCAGGGCAGGAAGUGUCUGCUCAUAGUCAUGGAAUGCAUGGAUGGGGGAGAGCUGUUCAGUCGUAUCCAGGACAGAGGAGACCAGGCCUUCACAGAGAGAGAGGCCUCUGAUAUCAUGAAGAGUAUAGGAGAGGCCAUUCAGUUCCUUCAUGCCAUCAACAUCGCUCACAGAGAUGUCAAGCCAGAGAACCUACUGUAUUUAUCUAAGAGGCCUAAUGCGCUGCUGAAACUGACAGACUUUGGUUUUGCUAAAGAGACCACCACACACAACUCACUGGUCACCCCUUGCUACACACCAUACUACGUUGCUCCAGAGGUGUUGGGACCAGAGAAGUAUGAUAAGUCAUGUGACAUGUGGUCGCUAGGAGUCAUCAUGUACAUCCUGUUAUGUGGUUAUCCACCGUUCUACUCUAACCAUGGUCUGGCCAUCUCUCCUGGGAUGAAGAAGAGAAUCAGGAUGGGACAGUAUGAGUUUCCUAACCCAGAGUGGUCCGACGUAUCAGAGGAGGCCAAGCAGCUCAUCAGAACCCUGCUGAAGACCGAGCCCACGCAGAGGAUGACCAUCACCGAGUUCAUGAACCAUCCAUGGAUCAACUCGAUGGAGGUUCCCCAGAUUCCUCUCCACACCAGGCGAGUUCUGAUCGAGGACAGAGAUGCUUGGGAGGACCUCAGGGAGGAGAUGAAUAGCGCCUUAGCGACCAUGAGAGUGGACUAUGAGCAAGUCAAAAUCAAGACCAUUGAGGAGUCCUCCAAUCCCCUUCUGAUGAAGAGGAGGAAGAAAUUACAGCCCUCAGCCAAUCACACGGUCCCAGACACACAGAGACCUGCCCUAUGAGACAUAUAUAUAUAUAUACACACACACACACA